AUGUCCGAAGAAGCAACGUCUGAUAUUCCUGUUCCACGUGCUCCAGUUUCGAGGAAGAUCAAUCCCGUCCUAAAAUCAUCCGAUAUGCCAGAUGAUAUGCAGUCGAAGGUGUUUGAUCUAGCCGAAGAAGCGAUGAAUGCCAAUAAAAAGGCCGUGGACAUCGCAGCCUCUCUCAAGAAGAGUAUGGAUAAAUUAUAUGGCUCUACAUGGCAUUGUAUAGUGGGUAAAAACUUUGGCUCGUUUGUGUCUCAUGAAAGUGGUUACUUUGUCUACUUCUAUGUUGAUAGCUUGGCGUUUUUGCUAUUUAAGACUGCUUAA